CUUUUCGUUGUGGUCUUGCUUACGACCAAGUCUCUUUCUUUUCCGCCGCGUAUGAGAAGAGUUCAUAUACAGUUGUAGAACACAACAGGGAGAGAAAUAGAGGAAGAGAGUUUGAAUUGUUCAGAUUCAGGAAGCUUAUCUUGUAUGUUCUUUGUCCGUGUCAAGAUUAGACAAAAGGGAUCUAAAGUCUAAAGAUAGGUAGACAAAAAAAGGUAUGAUGUUUUUUUGAUAUGCCCGUGCUAAGAUAACGAUCCAGUUGGCCUUUGUUUAAGGCAACCUCCGAUCUUUACUUGCUCAAAGGAUUCCAAGAUCAAGGGAUUGUUCUCUGUAGUGUUCAAGAAUGGCGUCAAAGUCAUUCAAAGCAAGCCGAUCUUCUUUAUCAGUUUCUUCUGAUUCACCAGAUUUACAGAAGCCUCCACUGCCUCCAGCUGUGGCAUUUAGCCGUAGAACUUCCUCAGGUCGUUAUGUUAGCUACUCUAGGGAUGAUCUUGAUAGUGAGAUUGGUAGUGGUGAUUUCAUGAACUAUACAGUGCAUAUACCUCCUACCCCUGACAACCAACCCAUGGAGACAGCAUCUAUGUCCCAGAAGGUUGAAGAGCAAUAUGUAUCAAAUUCACUCUUUACUGGUGGAUUCAAUAGUGUUACUCGAGCUCAUCUUAUGGAUAAGGUGAUUGAAUCUGAGGCAAUCCAUCCUCAGAUGGCUGGUGCUAAAGGGUCUUCAUGUUCAAUUCCAGGGUGUGAUGCUAAGGUUAUGAGUGAUGAGCGUGGUGUGGAUAUCCUACCUUGUGAAUGUGAUUUCAAAAUUUGUCGUGAUUGUUAUAUUGAUGCAGUGAAAACAGGUGGUGGGAUUUGCCCUGGAUGUAAGGAGCCAUACAAGAAUACUGAUCUGGAUGAAGUAGCUAUGGAUAACAAUGCACGGCCACUUCCACUUCCUCCACCUGGUGGAAUGUCCAAAAUGGAAAGGAGGUUGUCCUUGAUGAAAUCAACCAAAUCAGUACUCAUGAGGAGUCAAACUGGGGAUUUUGAUCAUAAUCGUUGGUUAUUUGAGACCAGGGGAACUUAUGGUUAUGGCAAUGCUAUAUGGCCAAAAGAUGGGAAUCUAGGAAAUGGAAAAGAUGAAGAAGUUGUUGAGCCACAAGAGUUCAUAAAUAAACCAUGGAGGCCACUCACUAGGAAGUUAAAGAUACCAGCUGCUGUACUCAGCCCAUAUAGGCUUCUAAUUUUUGUGCGAGUUGUUGUGCUUGCAUUGUUCUUGGCUUGGAGGGUCAAGCAUCCUAACAACGAUGCAAUAUGGCUGUGGGGAAUGUCUGUGGUUUGUGAAAUAUGGUUUGCCUUUUCAUGGUUGCUUGACCAACUGCCCAAGCUCUGCCCAGUUAAUCGUUCAACUGAUCUUAAUGUCUUGAAGGAGAAAUUUGAAACACCAAGCCCAAAUAAUCCCACUGGGAAGUCGGAUCUUCCAGGCAUAGAUGUGUUUGUCUCUACUGCAGAUCCAGAGAAAGAACCACCACUGGUCACUGCAAACACAAUAUUGUCAAUUCUAGCUGCAGAAUACCCUGUGGAGAAACUUGCUUGUUAUGUGUCUGAUGAUGGAGGGGCACUCCUAACAUUCGAAGCCAUGGCAGAAGCAGCAAGCUUUGCUAAUGUAUGGGUUCCAUUCUGCCGUAAGCAUGAUAUUGAGCCUAGAAAUCCGGAAUCUUACUUCAAUCUGAAGAGAGAUCCUUACAAGAACAAAGUAAAAUCAGAUUUUGUUAAGGAUCGUCGGCGAGUGAAGCGUGAGUAUGAUGAAUUCAAGGUUCGUAUAAAUGGCUUGCCUGACUCUAUUCGGCGUCGGUCUGAUGCUUAUCAUGCCCGAGAAGAAAUAAAGGCAAUGAAGCUUCAGAGACAAAAUAGGGAAGAUGAACCUGUUGAGAGUGUGAAGAUUCCAAAAGCAACAUGGAUGGCUGAUGGUACCCAUUGGCCUGGGACUUGGCUGCAUCCAGCACCUGAGCACUCUCGGGGUGACCAUGCUGGUAUUAUUCAGGUGAUGUUGAAACCUCCAAGUGAUGAACCACUACAUGGAAGUGCUGAUGAUGGGCUUAUCGACCUCACUGAUGUUGAUAUCCGUCUUCCACUACUUGUCUAUGUUUCUCGUGAGAAGCGUCCAGGUUAUGACCACAACAAGAAGGCAGGUGCCAUGAAUGCCCUGGUUCGAGCUUCUGCUAUUAUGUCCAAUGGCCCAUUCAUCCUCAACCUUGACUGUGAUCACUACAUCUACAACUCUCAGGCUAUGAGGGAAGGCAUGUGCUUCAUGAUGGAUCGAGGAGGAGACCGCAUUUGUUAUGUACAGUUCCCUCAAAGAUUUGAGGGUAUUGACCCUUCCGAUCGAUAUGCUAAUCACAACACUGUGUUUUUUGAUGUGAAUAUGAGAGCUCUUGAUGGUCUUAUGGGCCCAGUCUAUGUUGGAACAGGAUGCCUCUUCCGAAGGAUUGCCCUUUAUGGCUUUGAUCCGCCUCGAUCAAAAGAACACCACCCUGGUUGCUGUAGUUGCUGUUUAUUUGGUCGUCGCAAGAAGCAUUCCUCAGUUCUAAACACUCCAGAGGAGAAUCGAGCUCUAAGAAUGGGUGAUUCUGAUGAUGAAGAGAUGAACCUCUCCUUGCUUCCUAAGAAAUUUGGGAACUCAGCAUUUCUAAUUGAUUCUAUUCCAGUGGCUGAAUUUCAAGGUCGUCCACUUGCAGAUCACCCAGCUGUUAAGAAUGGACGUCCACCUGGUGCUCUUACCAUUCCCCGAGACCUUCUUGAUGCAUCGACUGUUGCAGAGGCAAUCAGCGUCAUCUCUUGCUGGUACGAGGACAAAACUGAAUGGGGGCAGCGUGUUGGAUGGAUUUAUGGUUCUGUUACUGAAGAUGUUGUCACUGGGUAUAGAAUGCACAACAGGGGAUGGAAAUCUGUUUAUUGCGUUACAAAACGUGAUGCUUUCCGUGGAACUGCUCCAAUCAAUCUUACUGAUAGGCUUCACCAAGUCCUGCGGUGGGCUACUGGUUCUGUUGAAAUUUUUUUCUCCCGCAAUAAUGCUCUCCUUGCCAGUACAAGAAUGAAGUUUCUGCAAAGGGUUGCAUAUCUUAAUGUUGGAAUCUAUCCGUUCACUUCUAUUUUCCUGAUUGUCUACUGCUUCCUUCCUGCAUUGUCACUCUUCUCUGGCCAGUUCAUUGUUCAAACCCUCAAUGUUACUUUCCUCACUUACCUCCUCAUCAUCACAGUGACCCUAUGCUUGCUUGCUGUCCUUGAAAUCAAAUGGUCUGGCAUUGAAUUGGAGGAGUGGUGGAGAAAUGAGCAGUUUUGGUUGAUUGGAGGCACCAGUGCACAUCUUGCUGCUGUGCUUCAGGGGCUAUUGAAAGUCAUUGCUGGAAUUGAGAUUUCUUUCACCUUGACGUCAAAAUCAGCUGGUGAUGAUAUGGAUGAUGAAUUUGCUGAUCUUUACAUUGUCAAGUGGACAUCACUGAUGAUACCACCAAUUACGAUUAUGAUGGUCAAUUUAAUAGCAAUAGCAGUUGGGUUUAGCCGGACAGUUUACAGCGUUCUUCCGCAGUGGAGUCGUUUAAUAGGUGGAGUUUUCUUCAGUUUCUGGGUUCUAGCUCAUCUCUAUCCCUUUGCGAAGGGACUUAUGGGAAGAAGAGGGAGGACACCUACCAUUGUUUUCGUAUGGUCAGGUCUCAUAGCAAUCACCAUCUCCCUCCUAUGGGUGGCAAUCAAUCCUCCAUCUGGUUCAACCCAAAUUGGAGGCUCAUUCCAGUUUCCUUGAUAGGCCGUUAUUUGAUGCUGUUCAAUGGUAUUCCUUCGUUUAUUAUUUUUUCCCCCCCAAGCUAAUUGUCCUGGUUCUGUAUCUUGGGCCCAUUUUGUUUUAUUUUAUUUUAUUUCAUCUGUAACUUAACUUUCAGCUUGUUUAGUAAAACUUGGAUGGGAUGAGAAACCGGUUUUCCUGCUGUUUUCUUCUUACUGGUUGAUUUUUUUACAUGUUAUGCUCGUAUAGAUGCUUCAUGCAUGGCAUUCUUCUUGCCAGCUGUUCCCUCCGUUUCAAUUUGGCUUUUGUUUGACGGUGUAGGAAGUCAGUCUUCCUGCAAGCCUUUUCUAUUUUGUACCUUCUGUAAAAACGUAAAUAUAUAAUCUUUAAUUAA